AUGACUGCCGACAUACGCGACCUCAAACCCCUCAAUAUUCGGCCUGUCCAACAUCAAGUACGAGAUCCACCAGAAGCCGAUCCGUUUGCCUUCGACCAUCAUGAUGACAAGAUACAUGUCCUUUUGUGUGCUUCAGGAUCGGUAGCGACCAUCAAAAUACCAAACAUAAUCAAUGCGCUUGCAAAGCACCCCAACGUACAAAUACGGCUUAUAUUCACGGCUGCCGCGACAAACUUCUUGCAGGGCCAGAGUGGAGAACAGCCCUCACUAGAGGAUAUAGAGGCCCUGCCAAAUGUACAGGGAAUAUACUUUGACGAGGACGAGUGGAGAGAGCCAUGGGUGCGGGGCAACAAGAUCUUACAUAUAGAGCUACGGCGAUGGGCCCAUAUUAUGGUUAUUGCUCCCUUGAGCGCCAAUGAACUCGCUAAAAUUACCCAAGGCUGGUCGGACAACCUUCUUCUCUCCGUCGUUCGUGCCUGGGACACCACUGGUUUAAUUGACCCUGUGAGGAGGAUACCGGGCGUGAAGUGGCCACAGCAAGAGGAGGGUAUACAAAAGAAAAGGAUAUUAGUCGCACCAAGUAUGAACACGGCAAUGUGGUAUCAGCCUAUUACAAGCAAACAAGUGCGCAUCUUGGAAGAGGAGUGGGGCGUCAAGAAUGGAGGCUGGUUUGAAGUGCUACAGCCAAUGGAGAAAGAGUUGGCAUGUGGAGAUAUAGGAGGCGGUGCGAUGAAAGAUUGGAGGGAAAUCGUAGGCGUGAUUGAGGAUAGGUUGGGUCUAGCGGCACAAACUUCAGAGACGUCACAAUCAACAUAG